GUGGUUGCUUAGUUGUUUGAUAGGGCAAUCGGGGGAAAAGUUUCACUGCAAAAAUGCCAAAAAAGAAUGGAAAGAAAAGCGGAGAUAAAUCAACCAAAAAAGAGAUCAUUGGAUUUGGAGACAAAACGUGUUUUGACGACGCAUUGUCUGAAGGUGGAAAAGAUUUAUACCGGUCGCAGAUACGAGACUUGGAGGAACAAUUGGAAAAAUAUCAGCACAAAUGUGAUGAGUUGGAGGUGCAACAGAAGGACUUCUCCUUUCAGUAUUUCACCAUUGAGAAGGAGAAGAAAGACAUAGUGCUCUACCUGAAGCGCUCGUUGGCCCAGAAGGAGGAUGAGCUCAGAGACUUGUUGGAGAGACUGGUGGGACUGCAGCAGGCCAAGGAUACUGAAAAGGACUCCUUUGAGCUGCAGCUCAGUCAACUUCGCCAAGAGUUCCAGGAGAACAAGGACAAGCUCACCUCAGAGAACAUGGUCCUUGCGGGUAAGCUAGCAGCUCUCGAGGAGUUCCGUGUGCAGAAGGAGGAGCUGAUGGCCCACUUGGAGGGCCUGGAGGAGCAGCUUGGGAAGCAGAGACAGGAGCACCACACAGUCAUCUACAGCCUGGAGAGGAAGGCCGUGCUGGACAACGACAGACUAAAGAAGGAGAUGCAGCAGCACGUGGCGGCGGUGGCAGCCGAGUUUCGGCGCGUGUCGGACAGGAAGAUGCCAGAGACGACCAUGAGGGCCAUCCACGAGAAUGUGUCUGUGACGGCCCAGCUCAGCCAGCUGUCGGACAAGAGCAAGCAGCUGCUGGAGGAGAACGAGGACCUGAGGGAUAGAGAGAAGCAUAUCCGCAGAGAGAUGGAGGUCCUGGAGCCCCUGUUCAACAAGAUGACCCGCAAGAGCCUCAGCAACCAGAAGGUGGUCCAUCAGCUCACAGAGAAGUGUAAGCAGAUGCAGGCUGAGCUGGAGGAGUAUGCUAAGGCUCAAGAGGAGCAUCAACAACUGCAGAAGGACCAUGUUGCACUGCUGACAGAGAUACAUUCCCUAAGGCAGGUGCAGGCCUCGGUGUUGGAGGAGUCAGGGAGGAACUGUGCUGAGGCAAACAGGCUGGGGAGAGAGCUGGAGGAGGAGAGGGACGUGAGAGGACAACUGGAGACCAUCCUACAGGCAGCUGCCUUUGCCCUUAAACAGGCCCUCAAGGAGGUGCCUAAAGAGGAGGACUCUGAGGUGAAGACUCUGGUCCGGAGGAACCAAAUGAUGCAGAAGCUGUUGGCUGUGUUGGACAGUGCUGCUCUGCUGGGGAAAGGGCCUGCCAUGAAGGACUUCAUCCCAGAGGGAGACUCCCUCCACGAGCUCAAGACCGGCCCUGGCCCAGGAAGAUCAUCAGGGCUUGUUGGUCCUCUUCUCAAGGACACCACCCACCUGUCUCACUUCAAGACAGGAGACCUGGGCCUCGUACCGCGACGGACACACAACUACAACAACAUCCUGUCCAAGAUGGUACCCCUCUCCAAGAGCACCUGCCUUCAACUGCACAGGAAACUCCCACCACCCCAGAAGAGGACCAGCCCAUCCAAACCCUCUGUUCCAGAGAGCCUGGCUCCUCCGCUGGGGGAACCUCCCAGAGGGAGCCUGCUUUUCCCCCACAGGCCCUCUCCAACCAGGGGCAGCGCCGCUGAACCCAUCCUCAGAUAGGCAGGACUGGUACUGGGAUUUAAACCCCUUUAAUGGGACAUUUCAACAAAAAAUAAAUGUUGCUACAUG